UAAAGCGAAAUUUGUGGUGAACGGUCGUGUCGCGUCGCGACUGUCUGAAGUCUGAGAAUACUAAAGGAUAUUCCUUCUGCAGCACAAAUGCCAAACGACAAUAACAUUGGCAAAGUUCACAAAUUACAAUAGCGGUCAGCGCAGUAUUCUAUUGCAAUAAUUGCCUGGUCUACGUGCCGUGCUUCAAUUGUGCCGUGCCCCAGCAGAAAACCAACAACAACAUUUUGCCGUCGUCGGCGUAAAUUAUCUGAAAUUGUCUGUAAACGCCCAGCCAUGUCGGACGCAGCCAAGUCGAAUAACAAUGCCGGCAGCUCGGCGAGCGUGGAUAAGGAUGACGGCGAUGGUACACCGAUGACGACGACAACAAUACCGCGCAGCAAUCACAACAACAACAACAGCAGCAAGUUGAAAUCAACGCAGAACAGCAGCGGCAACGGCAGCAUAGACAAACUAUCACCGGAUCAGGAUAUUUAUAUAAAUGCUGCUGAUGGUCUUCCCAAUAAGCAUCCGACUCUGCCACCCGAGUGCGAUGUAGAUAACGAUACGGAGCCAGAAGUGGAUGCCGACUCAUUUGAUGAUCUACCCACAUCGAUUAUUGUGACCAACAUACACUCGGAGGUGUUUGCCAAUCCCGAGCUAAAGCACGCCAUGGAGGAGCUGUUCCGCACAUUCAGCGAGUCGGCCACCUUCCAGUGGCUGCGCAGUUUUCGCCGGUUGCGGGUCAACUAUGACAACGCCAUUGCGGCGGCCAAUGCGCGCAUUAAGCUGCACCAGUAUGAGUUUAACAAGAAGACGGUGAUCACGUGCUACUUUGCACAGCCGGUGACACCCGUUAACAACAAAAAUCUUCAGCCACCGGCGCCGGUUAAACAGUUCCUUAUCUCUCCACCCGCUUCGCCGCCCGCCGGCUGGGAGCCGCGGGAGGAGGCUGAGCCGCUGGUCAAUCACGAUCUGCUUGCCGCUUUGGCCAGCCUAACGCCCGGAGAAUCGCACGAGUUGCAUCCGCAAAGCGAGGAUCAGCCAGCCAUCAUUGUGCACACGGCCAUGGUGCCCGAGGGAAGUGGCCUAGGUUCUGCAGUACAGCCCAAAGCACCCAUUGUACAAACCAAAUGCCCGGAGCGCGCAUAAGCGCCAAGGCUUUGAGCUUAAAACUGAAUUGUUGGCGGCAUAUGGAAGAGACAGCACCAGCGGCCCAGGCCCAGAACUGAAUAUCUCUCAUUGACAGAGAAAGCUCAGAAAUGGCAAUCUGGUGGUGGAGAGUAUUUUUUGUAAAUAAUUUCUUAAAAAACCAAAAUUCAAUUGUGAUUAAUUUACACGUAGUUAUGUUUUGUAUUUAGUACUUGUACUCUCUCGCUUGGAGCGUUUUAUGAUUCGGUUUCUAAUUUCCGUCUCAAUUUCAUUUGCCUCAUGUGUAGCCGUUGAGCAAUUACUAAUAUAGAAGAUUUGCUUAUAUUAUCGUGCGCCAAGUGGAGCUGCUAAUUGUAAUUCAGUCUAGAUGUGUUUGUCAUUUGCAUACGAAGUCUCUAUCCCUCUUGGUGUCUGUUUGUAUUCGUAUCGAUGUCAGAAAUUGUACUCGUUACUUGUGGCCAUCCACACAAUAUCUAAAUGUACCUUCGUUGCUAUAAUGAACAUAAAUUCUAUACGAUUGUAAGUAGCUGCAGAAAUAAACUACGAAUUCCCAAAUACCAACAACAAAUCAGAUAUGAAUAUGUAUAUAUAUAUAUAUAUUCAUUAAUAUCUGUGUAUAUGUAAAUGUUGACUUAAUUGUAAGACAGAGCGCACUCGGAUAGCUGUAUCUGAUAUUGAAAUACGUAUAUAUAUGUUUAAAUUUUAGUUAUAAUUUUAACAAGUAAAAGAUAACGAAAUUAUAUUGAAAUUUAAAAUGAAUGUUCUCAAAUGUACCAAAAACAAAAACCAAUUCAAACAAAAAUUCUUCUGUUGUCCUUUAAUUGAGAUCUAACAGUUAUCCGCCAAUCAUUUUGCAUGUCUGUUUAAAAUUUGUGUAGCAAUUUGUAACAAUUACUGGGUACUUGUGGUAAAAACAUUCAAGGUUGAAAUAUAAAUAUGGCGACCUUUUCAGA